AUGUCAUCCUUGCCUAUGGCCUCUCAAUCGGUCGAGACACCUGCGGCGACAGAACCCGCAUUGCACGUGUGCAGCAUAUGCGGUAGGAGCUUCAUGAGACGAGACCAUCUGAAGCGUCACAAGCAGACUCAUAUUACCGAAAAGCCCAUCGAAUGCAACUACUACAGCUAUCCAUACAUGUAUUCCCAGGCCCUAUCACCUGAAAUUGUUUUGCCCAUUUUCACGACAGGUGCAAUUGGCAUCGAGAAGCAUUCGAUUCAUAGACGCAGCGCGACGCCACGAGCAGCUUCACGUUGGCCCAAGGCCGGGCUUGAGAGGCUCCACAGCCUCAUCUCCCCUCCUCAAAACGUGCUCGUUCUGCGCCAUUUCACAUAUAUACAAGCUACGGGGACGAGACUCCAGUAUCAAUGGGAACUCUUAAUCAUGGUCAGGAAGAAUCUCACCCUCGACUGGAUGAUGAGCUUCCAGCGUUUCAACGCGGCGAAAGGUAUUACUCUCGAAGAAUUGGUUCCUUGGGUAAUCCCCAACCAUAUUCAACCAGGUCAAGGCUGUCCCUUGAUCAAGGGCAUUGAAUCAAAUCACGAGACUGAGAAUGAUGCGGGCAUAGAGUUGGAUACAAGCCUCCAGGACUGCGAUACGGCGCCAUGGGAGGAGCCGACUGUUAAUGUAUGCCACGCCCAAAUUUAUCAACCAGUCGUAGCCCAAAAUAUCGCUCCGAGCAAUGAUUCCAUUGGACGAUCUCGGAUGAUGGUCACCUCACAAGCAGACAUUCGCUCCAUUGCUGGAAACAGUACCUCUAGCCCGGGAGGGUCGAACUUGGUCACAAAUCUGGAUGAAUCCUUGCUGAAUCAUCAAGAUCAGAUGUCAGCGUUCAUUACAUACAUGCGUGAUGGAUCAACCGCCACAGAAACUUCGGCCUUUGAUAGAAGCCAUGAUACGACCAGCCACAGACAGCUCUAUGUUAAUGGCCGUGGGUUUCGCCAGUCGCAGGCCGACAGGGGCUUUCAAGAAAGACAUGCUACCGUUCUGCGACGUGGUUUAACCGAGCAUGACUCUCAUCCUGGUGCUUCAUGGUCAACGGUGCUUCUGGAGGAAAUCAAUCGAGCAAAAAGUCAGCAAAAAAGUUCUCGCUUCACUAUUCCAGAUUCCGUGUAUCGGGAGAUUCAAACGAGGCUGCUAUCAGGAGCCGGAAGACCUUUGCUACCUGAGAGGUUUGCUGCAGAUUUGGAUGUUCUUUUGGGCCGAGACACAUUUGAAUAUCUUAUUGCGCAGUACUUUGAACAUUUCCAUCACUUGCACCCAUUCGUCGACAACUCCCUUCUCAGCAUUCCCGUUUGGGGUUGGAGUUUGUGCAUUGGGGUUGCAGCCAUUGGGUCCCGUUAUCUGAGUCUCACAGAAUUGACCGACUUCGGCGAGCAACUCUGUGGCGCUUUACACGACCUACUGAUACAUUUUGGUCGCGUACAAGACUGUCUUCCUUACAUCCAGGCCCGAACGCUCGCUGUCGUGGGCAUGUGCCAAAGCCAUAAUAACUCGCUGGUCAAAUGUGGCUAUAGCGCCAUAUCUCUCGUAUACAAUUCCUGUCUUCAACUACAGCUCCUUGAAGAGGAUGACAAGAUCGGGCACUAUCUCGAAGGCCAGAGCGUGGAGCAAGUGUGGCUGGCAUGGCGCUUUCGUGAAACAAGACGUCGAAGCGGACUUUUCAUAUGGCUUCUAGAUGCUUGGCUUUCGUUAGCUGCGAACCGUCCUCCAAGUAUACCGUCUGGCAAACUGGCGCUCAAAAUGCCUAGCGCAGAAGGUUUGUGGGACGCGGACUCCGCUCAAAGCUGGUUCAAAGCACUCGCGUCUCAUACGACCACGAGGAGUGGAGUGGACGCAAUUCUGUCGGAGGAGUCUCUCAGACCAAGCGUGCGAGAUUCAUUCGGCAAGCUCUGGAGCAGCCAGAACUCUCCGCAACCUGAGAAUCAACUAGGCGUCGUUAUCAUAAUACAUAUGCUACUUAGGCGGAAAUGGGAUAUAGGACAGUAUUUCGGUGAAGCAGUACACCUCAAUAUUACCUACAGUCACAGAAUAGGCGGAAGAGAGGCGCAGCAGCAACAAUACCUAGGAUCCAUACCCGAGUACGCUGAGUGGAGGGACUACACCUGCGACUGUCUGGACCUUCUUCAUUGGGACGCUGUUGGCUUCAUAGCACAGCAGUCCAUGUUUGAGAGUCCAUCAAUCCUACAUCUGCACCUUUCCCGCUUACUCAUACUGGCACCUGUCGAGGCCCUCCUGCGGUGCGCUCAGACAAACGCAACUGGGGCUUCCAUCGACAGCCUACCCCAUUCGAUAUACGCAUCAUCAGAAGAUCGGACUACAUGGCAUACUACGAUUCUCUCCUGGGUUCGAGAGGACAGGCAUAAAGCCCGCCUAGUUGUCAUCCACGCUGGUGCCAUCCUAUGGCACGUCAGGCGAUUCUCCUCACACCCCAUCAUCGAACCAUUCGCAGUCUUUCUGGCAGCGUUGACCCUCUGGGCUUUCGGAAAGUUCGGUCCCCGACGUGAACACACUUGCUCCAGCUUGACCUGCAGUCAACACACGGAGCGAUUUCCCUCCGACGAGACUCCUUCGACUACCGGCCCAUCCCCUUGCACAGGUUCAUCUGACACAUCGUCACCGGCGUCUGGCAACUCCAGCAUAAACACGAAUCCUUCACAAAAGCGUCGUUCUGCAUCCACACGCUGCGAAGUAUCCUUGACAAAGCGUCGCAUGCCACGCAUGCUACAGCUUGAUCGCCCUCUGGACGAUGAGUUUGUGCAAUAUUUCAUCCGAUAUGGCGGUAAUACUCAGCUCUUUCUCGAAGGCGUUGAUGAUUUGUGCUCCGAGGAGGGUCCCGCCCAGAUUCUAGAAGAGGCAUCAAGGAUCUUGAAUGAGCAGCCCAUGUUCUGGACCAUAUCAGCGGGUUAUGCGGCUCAACUGGAUGUGAUCUCAGUCAACACUAAAUGUACUACUACCGAAGAAUCCCAGAACCAAGUGAUGACCAAACACCAACGGUUCGAAUCGAGCUACAAGACCGCAAAUCUUUCAACCACGACCCAUCAUCCUGCGAUUCCCCACACAUUUCCGUCUGGUCUUUUGCAGAGUGGAUAUGUGGAGAUCCCGUCAGCUACCCCCGUCAAGCCGAUUCGUCGGAGUCUUAGGGCAGCCUACCGCGCCAAUCAUGUAACAUUAUUCAGAAGAAUUUUGGAAUUGGAUCUUUCUCCUUUCAGCUUCUUAUUGCGGAAGCUUAGUUGUUCGAUUAUCUGCUCCAACAAGCCUCAAUGGCGGGGUCCCCUCAUACCUUACUGGAAGCUAGUACCCCGUCCUGGGUUCCCACUUGUGUCUUUCCACGCGACGCAGGCUGAUGUUCGCAUGAAUUGUCUCUCUACUGCUGAGCCCAGCGCUAACCCGGAUAUCAACCUUUAA